CAGAAGGAAUGCAGUGACAGGUCUCGACCUGAACUUCCGCAUUAAGCAGGAAGAAGUCAACAGUCAAAAGAGCCAGAUGCAAUCCGCAUCAACACACCCAAAUCUGCCCGUAUAUGACUGUUUUCUGGUGUCAAGCUUAUUUAGAAAAUAAUAUUUUGGGAAGGAAUUGAUGUCCAUGAGGCUGUUGCCUUGAAACUAACCGGUGAAACAAGGAUUACAUUUGAAAAGAUGGAUGACAUUGACGCCAUGUUCAGUGACCUGCUGGGGGAGAUGGACCUCCUCACUCAGAGUCUCGGCCAGGAAACAGUACCUCCUGAGCCUCCUGAGCCUCUCCCCAGCACCAACAAGGAAGUCAACUUCUCCAUCGGCUUCACCGACCUCAAUGAGUCCCUCCAUGAACUGGAAGACACCGAUCUGGAUGCGCUCAUGGCUGAUUUGGUGGCAGACCUUAAUGCGACAGAAGAGAAACUCGCAGCAGAGAUACAAGAUCUGAAGGUGCCGUCACCGCCCCCGCUAGACCUGCCGCCACCACCUAAGGACCCAAGCUCCCGCCCUAUGUCCUCUCUCGCUUCCCCGGCAUCACCAGCGAGUAGCACCAGCAGCAAUGUUAGCACCCCAGCCUCAUCUGCCACCUCCCCUUUCCCACCUCCGCCUCCUCAAGCUGCAAAGCCUACUAUGGAGGAAAUCGAGGCGCAGAUGAAAGCAGACAAAAUCAAACUGGCUCUUGAGAAGCUCAAGGAAGCUAAAGUGAAAAAGUUGGUGGUGAAGGUGAUGAUGAAUGACGGCAGCUCCAAGACUCUGAUGGUAGACGAGAGGCAGAAUGUGAGGGAGGUGUUGGACAACCUGUUUGAGAAGACUCACUGUGACUGUAAUGUGGACUGGAGCCUGUGUGAGACCAACCCUGAACUGCAACUUGAACGGACGUUUGAAGACCACGAGAACCUUGUUGAGCCUCUCUUAGCAUGGACGAGAGACAGCGAGAACAAAGUCCUCUUUCAGGAGCGGAAGGAAAAAUACGAGGUUUUCAAAAACCCACAGAACUUUUAUCUAUGGAAGAAGGAUAAGAGAGCUCUCAAAGAGAUAAAAGACAAAGACAAGGAGUUAUUAAUACAGGAGAACUUCUGCGGGACUUCCAUCAUCGUGCCUGAUCUCGAGGGGGUGAUGCACCUCAAAGAGGACGGCAAGAAGUCCUGGAAACCGCGACUCUUUCAGCUGAGGGCCUCAGGAAUUUAUUACGUGCCAAAAGGGAAAACCAAGUCAUCCCGUGACCUCGUCUGUUUUGUCCAGUUUGACAAUGUAAAUGUCUACUAUGGCAAAGACUUUAAGAGCAAAUACAAAGCCCCGACUGACUUCUGCUUUAUUCUGAAGCAUCCUCAGAUCCAAAAAGAGUCUCAGUACAUCAAGUACCUCUGCUGCGAUGAUGCUUGGACCAUGAACCUUUGGGUGACUGGAAUACGGAUUGCAAAGUAUGGUGUGUCGCUGCAUGAAAACUAUAAAACUGCAGAAAAGAAAGCAGCUGUCAGCUCUGUGUGGACGAACCGCAGCACCCCAUCAAGCUCCAACUCAUCAAUGCCCUCACCCACCAUCAAAGCCAAAUCACCAAGCCAGGCCAACGGUCAUGCUCCCAAGCCCCAACCAGGACCUGUGUCUCAGGACUUUGGAAAUGUUCCACCUCCACCCCCACCACCACCAUUGGCUGAGAUCCUUCCUCCACCACCUCCAGACCCAGUCCUCCCUCCACCACCUCCUUUGGCUGCCAAGAGUCCCUCAAGACCUUCCCCUCCCCAGCGACACAUGCCAACCAACUUCCCGCCACCUCCUCCUGCAAUGGACAACCUCCCUCCUCCACCGCCACCCCCACCCAACGAUGAUGCCUUAGAGGCCCCGCCAGACUUCCUUCCACCACCUCCUCCGGCCGCUGGCUUUGGUUCGCUGCCACCACCUCCGCCAUUGAACUCGCUACCACCACCGCCUCCCCCAGCGAGUUUCGGAGGUGUGGAUCAGUCUCUGCCUCCUCCACCACCAGAUCCAGGGUUUUUACCUCCACCUCCACCUCAGCCAGUGUUCACAGGGGGUGGAGUACCCCCUCCGCCUCCACCACCACCUCCUCCUCCUCCUCCUCCUCAACCUGCUGCUGCCCCAAGACCAGUGCGGCCUUCUGGCUCAGUGAAGAAGAUGCCUCCUGCUCCGCCAAAGAGAACUACACCAUCACUGCAUGGAGGAGGAGGAGGUGGAGGAAGUGGUGAAGACUUCAUGUCAGAACUGAUGCUGGCCAUGAACAAGAAGCGUGGAAAUAAAUAGCCUGAGACAAAGUUUUUUUGGAGUGUAAAAAAGUACGACCUGCACCCACACAUGACGACCGACUUAACUCCUAACCAGGCUUGUCUUGAUUUCAGCAAAACAGCUAUUCUUUACAUCCACAACAAUACUGAACAUCACCAACAUGAAGCCAGCGGAGAUCAAUACAGACCUUAUCUCUUCCAGAAAAGACAGUGAUCUAUCCUUUCUUUUAACAGCUUAUCCAAGAUAGCAUUUCGCAAGAAUCAAGUAAAAGACUAAUUAAUCUUAAAAGAAUAUUUCACCCACAAAAUGACCAUUUGUAUACCAAUUACUCAAUGACAGCUCCUGCAGGAAAAUCCAAGUCUUAUUUAUCCAGUUGUAUGUCACUACCUCUAAAACAUUACAAUUUAAAGUAAGUCAAUGGAGUCUCAUCCAUGGCUGACAAGCUUGAGGAAUUUCUUUAUAUUGUUACAUUUUUUUGUGAAAAUCCAUGUGUUUGGGAAGUAUUGAGCAUACAACUGAAGAAAUGAAAUAUGGAUUAUACUGCACAAGUUGUGUGUGAUUGUAAAAGGAUGUUUGGACAUAGAUUUGCUGUUGUUAAACAUGGUCCCCAAUGACUAAUUAAUGAAUAAGGAUUUUUUUAUGGCUCCAUUCACUGUGGAGGCACAUAAGAAAAAGGUGUUCUUAACAAUUUCAACUCAAGUAUAUCAAUAUACAAAUGCUAAUUUUGCAAAUGAAGUAUUCUUUUAUGAAAAAAUUAUCUGUUGUAAUAAAUAGGAGGUGUUAUUUGUUUUUAAUGACUUAAAAAAUGCAAAGCUGGCAUCAUACUUCAAAGAGACAUUUUUAUAGAGUUGUACAUAUUGUGACACG